AUGGAGCACGCUCAGCUUCAGAGCUCUGACGGAGCCCAGGUGAUGACCCUGAAUGGUCAGCAGCUGCAAGUGUUGCAGAUGAAUAACACUCCACACAUGAUUCAGGGGCCUAACGGUCAACAAAUUGUUGUACAUGCUGUGCCAUCUAGUGCCCCGGCUAUACAGAUUGGGACACCACAAAUCCAGGUAGUGGCGACGCCAAGUGGUCAGCAGUUACAACAGUUGCAAGUUGUUCCUAUAUCUAGCAUUCAAGCGGGAGGUAAUAUACAGCCGAUGCAGUUAGUCCAGACACCAGAUGGACAGACAUUUAUCUACCAGCCAGUGGCAGCUAGUGCCCAACCCACCAUUGAUCAGCACCAGAUCAUACAUCAACCUACCAUGAUCAACCUGAAUGGUAAUUUAGUGCAAGUAGCAGGACUCGGCAAUGCGGUGCAGGCACAGCAGAUCGUCAACCAGCCAAACCCUGUUGGAUUGUUGAUGGUGAACAACAGCAAUGCUGGUGCAAGCACAUCUGUGUCGGAAGGUGCGUGCUCCUCAGCGGCCGGAGAUGAUGAGGAGCCGCUUCUGUACGUCAACGCGCGCCAGUACAAGCGCAUACUCAAGCGACGCGCUGCCAGAGCCAAGCUGCAUGAACAGGGCAAGAUUCCUAAGGAGAGACCUAAAUAUUUACACGAGUCGCGACACAGGCACGCAAUGAACAGGAUUCGAGGUGAAGGCGGCCGCUUCCACUCUGGCAGUAGGAAGCAUUACAGGAAUAUGGAAAAUAUGGAGCAACUCACCGACGAGCAGAAGAUGCUACAGGACAUCAAGCCAGAUACAGUGUCUAUAACUAUCAUUCAGGAUGAUGAAGGCCAAGAGCAGCCUGCUCAGUGGAGGCGGCUAGCACCGCAACAAACUCUUCAAUCAGCAUAG